AGUCUGAGACUGUGAUGCCAGUUUUAUCAGCAGCACCAACACUGAACUAGGACGCUUUACUGUUACUGAGUGAGGCCUCUGCUUCUUCAAACAAAGAAACUUAUUUUGAAGAAGAAAGAACCUAAAUGGGGAACUAUAAAUCUAGGCCAAACCAGACCUGCACUGACGAGUGGAAGAAGAAAGUAAGUGAAUCUUAUGGUGUGGUGAUCGAGAGAUUGGAGGAUGAUUUGCGUAUUAAAGAAAGCGAGCUUCUAGAACUCACGCAUGUCUUCAGUUCCGACGAAGCUUUCGGUAAAGUCAAUUUGAACUACAGAACAGAAAAUGGGUUGUCUCUUCUUCACCUCUGUUGCAUUUGUGCAGGUAAUAAAUCGCAUGUCAGGACUCUCAUGCUAAAGGGCUUACGACCAUCAAGGCUGACAAGAAGUGGAUUCACUGCUCUCCAUCUAGCUGUUUUCAAGGCCAAUGCAGAACUGAUAACCGCCUUGUUGCAUGGUGGAGCUGAUAUCCAGCAGGUUGGCUAUGGUGCUCUCACAGCCCUUCACAUUGCAACUAUUGCUGGCCAUAAUGAGGCUGUUGACAUCCUAUUGCAACACGGAGCAUAUGUCAACGUGCAGGAUGCUGUCUUCUUUACUCCUUUACAUAUUGCUGCUUACUAUGGUCAUGAACAGUUGACCAAGCUGCAGUUGAAGUUUGGAGCAGAUGUAAAUGCCAGUGGAGAGGUAGGAGACAGACCACUACAUUUAGCCUGUGCAAAAGGGUUUCUUAACAUUGUCAAACUAUUGCUGGCAGAGGACAGCAAAGCAGAUGUGAAUGCUCAGGACAAUGAAGACCACGCACCCAUUCAUUUCUCUUGCCGAUUUGGUCAUCAUGAAAUUGUGAAGUACCUCUUACAAGGCAACUUUGACGUACAGCCUCAUGGAGUGAAUAUCUAUGGAGAUACACCUCUACACCUGGCUUGUUACAAUGGUAAAUUGGAUGUUGUUAAAGAGCUGAUUCAGCUAUCGGGGACAGAAAGCUUCACAAAAGAAAAUAUCUUCAGUGAAACAGCUUUUCACAGUGCCUGUACUUAUGGGAAAAAUCUUGAACUUGUGAAGUUUCUCCUCACUCAAAAUGUCAUGAGCAUAAAUCACCAAGGAAGGGAUGGACAUACAGGUCUUCACAGUGCCUGCUACCAUGGCCACAUUCGUCUUGUACAAUUCUUAUUAGACAACGGAGCUGAUAUGAAUUUGGUAGCCACUGAUCCUAGUCGUUCCAGCGGUGAAAAGGAUGAGCAAACCUGUCUGAUGUGGGCCUAUGAGAAAGGCCAUGAUGCGAUAGUAACUUUGCUUAAACAUUAUAAAAGACCUCAAGAUGAAUCUCCUUGCAAUGAAUAUUCUCAGCCAGGUGGAGAUGGUUCAUAUGUCUCUGUUCCCUCACCACUUGGAAAGAUCAAAAGCAUGACCAAAGAAAAAUCUGAUGUUCUUCUUUUGAGAGCCGGUCUUCCUUCUCAAUUCCACCUUCAACUUUCAGACAUCGAGUUUCAUGAAAUUAUAGGAUCAGGCUCUUUUGGAAAAGUGUACAGAGGAAGAUGCAGAAAUAAAAUUGUAGCAAUUAAAAGAUAUCGAGCCAACACGUAUUGUUCCAAGUCUGAUGUUGAUAUGUUCUGUCGGGAGGUCUCCAUUCUUUGCCGCCUCAACCAUCCCUGUGUCAUUCAAUUUGUUGGUGCCUGCUUGGAUGAUCCAAGUCAAUUUGCUAUAGUAACUCAAUACGUCUCUGGAGGAUCUCUGUUCUCUCUAUUACAUGAACAAAAGAGGAUUAUUGAUCUGCAAUCAAAAUUGAUCAUUGCUAUUGAUGUGGCUAAAGGUAUGGAGUACCUUCAUAAUCUGACUCAGCCAAUUAUCCAUCGAGAUCUCAACAGUCAUAACAUAUUGCUGUAUGAAGAUGGCCAUGCUGUGGUUGCUGAUUUUGGAGAAUCUAGAUUUCUUCUAUCUAUGGAUGAAGAUAACAUGACAAAACAGCCAGGGAACCUCCGCUGGAUGGCCCCUGAGGUGUUUACACAGUGCACUCGUUACACCAUAAAAGCUGAUGUUUUCAGUUAUGCUUUAUGCCUCUGGGAAUUACUAACAGGUGAAAUUCCAUUUGCUCAUCUCAAACCAGCUGCUGCUGCCGCAGAUAUGGCUUACCAUCACAUCCGACCCCCAGUUGGAUAUUCCAUACCCAAACCCAUAUCAUCACUAUUAAUGAGAGGUUGGAAUGCAUGCCCAGAGGAAAGACCUGAAUUUUCAGAAGUGGUUACAAAAUUGGAGGAAUGCCUUUGCAACAUAGAGCUGAUGUCCCCAGCCUCAAGUAACAGCAGUGGCUCUCUGUCACCCUCCUCUUCCUCCGAUUGCUUGGUGGGUCGUGGAGGGCCAGGCAGGAGUCACGUGGCAGCUCUACGUACGCGCUUUGAGCUGGAAUAUGCCCUUAAUGCACGGGCAUAUGCUGUGUGGUCACAGAGGACCAGCAAUCAAGAGGCUCAAGGUCUUUCCCUGGAAGACUUUCGGAAGAAUCUCCAGUAUCCACCUAUUGAUGUAAAUGGCUAUGUAUCUGAUCCUAUGAGCACCCUGCGAUUCAAUUCCUGCAGCAGCAGUAGUUUUGAGGAUUGCAGUUGAUAUUUCGUGUCAACACUUUUCGCUGAUAAACAUCGAGAAAAUGACAGUGGGUACGUACCACCCAUCAAAGAAGACCAGCUACCAAGCGAGUAACAGCAUAAAACUACCAAUUAGCCAAACCGAUUGCAAACAUUAAAGUCUUUUGGUCCCAGCCUCCCACAGCUCAUGUCCUCCAAUAUUUUGCGCAAAGCAGCAGUGUUUCCCAAAGGAACUAUUCUAAAUACAAAUUAAUGUUUGAAAUAUUUUUAAUGAAAAUUAAAUUGAUUCUAUUUUGUUUUCAUUCUGUUAUUUGUAUUAUCAUUGGACUACACAGGGUAUAAAAACACACACUAUGUUGAACUUGAAUACUAUGUUCUUUCUAUUGUAGUCAGGAGUCCCCCAGAUAAAUUGGUCACUUUAAGGUUUGCAAGACCUUGCUGCACAUAAUUUGGCUGCUGUGUUUGACACAGUCACUACUCUUUACAGCAAUUAUCUGGAAAACGCUUUACGACAUUUUGGCCUUAUAGGUGUUUUAUCAAAUGUAGGAUUGUUAUCAGGUGGCUCUGAUGGAAAUAUCAGUUUAUUUAAAAAUAAAGUGUUCCAUAACCAGUUUUUCAGUUUUUUCACAAAGCAUUUAAGCAUAUGUUGAAGCUAAAAUAUGUUUGGUUAAAUACUUAAAAAUGAUUUUGGCAACAGAAUGUGGAGAAAACAUAGUAGUUGAGAACAUAUCUGCAACAUACUACUGUACCUGGACUUAAAAUAUGUCCUUUAAUAGUCGGGGACUUUUUAACAACACAUCUUGAAAUAUCGAAUGAAAUAAGAAAAUGACUGUUGUGUUCCAAAACAAAUUAGAAUGGAGGCCAAUUACACUGUAUUUUAGUAAUGGCUCAUAUCAUUUAAAUAAUGCAUUAACUCCUCAGUUUUCCUAUUGAUGAGUGUAUUGUGUUCAGAAACAGAAUGUUUUAUGCAUGUAAGCUUAUGCCAUUGCCUAUAGUAUUGAAUAUGUUUACUUCAACUAGCAAUUCUCUAGUCCUGUGUGGUAAAACAAGGUUAACUUUGUAACUUUGACAGCAUUGAAGAGCCAAAAAUGAUGCUAUCUAGUGUCUAGUUUGUUUAUUACACUCAACUCACUAUGACAUGCAAUGGAAGUUGAAUGUGCCUUACAGGCUAUCAGUGCUUUAUUAAACUUGACUUUGUUAAACUUAAAUACAUAUAUACUGGAUGGA